CGCUCAAAACGAUGCGCAAAACGCAUGCUCGUAAGGCGCAUACCGAAGAACACGUGUGUGAUGGAACUUGUGGAAAGCAAAAUGCGCACAUUGUGAAUGAACGUAGGGGUGUACGUGACUGAGCAAGUGAUAUGGCCAACAGAUUUAAGGACACGAGUGGCUGCGUCCUUUCUAAUUAUGACUUGACGUGUGCAAUCUCUAUUCUAUGUGAGCGCAUCGGCAAACCGUGCCGGGGGCUCAAUCAAUGGCUUUGUAAAGAGGACUGGAGCCUGUCAUCCCGGACAGCACUCCUUGAUCGUCUGGCAUCACUGCUGCACCAGCGCAGCUGCACAGACUUGGUUGCUCAAUUGUGUCUGCCUUUGUUAACUGAGCUUCUGGCACGUUCCAUUCUGCGUUCACACAAUAAGGAGCAGUUUUGUGUUGCACUCGGGCGCCUUGUAUUGAGGUACCCAUCUGCCGCACUCUUUGUGGACACCUACCUUGAACAAGAAUGUGACCUGCCAACACUUUUGCGGGAGAGCCAGCUCGGUGGUGAGGGCAGUGCUCCGCCGGCCAAGAAGCCUCGCACUGCUUCUGUGCCACUGAAUGUGGUGCGUUGUUGCUGGCAGUUGCUAAGCAAGCAGCCCGGCUACCUGGCUCGACGCUGGGACUGGACACCUGUGCUGCAUUUCCUCAAGCAUUCAUCAGCUUCUGUUCGCUGGUAUGCGGUGCAGUGCAUGGUUCAACUAUUAUGCCUGGGUGAGUCAGAACAGCAGGCACUACUUCAGCAGCUGUUGCCAGGGGAUGAAGUGCUGCAGACAGACCUAAGGCUGUCCACAGAGGUUGCUCUUGAUGCCCUUCGCCCGCCAUCAUGGCCCCCAACAUCUGAAAAGCCAGGAUGGCAAUUGACCAGUUCAGACCUCAGUCCAGGUGUGAUCUGUGUCUCUGGUCUUUUCCUGCAGCAGAAAACAACUCCAGAGGACGCUGCUGCUCAAGUUUUCUAUCAUGACUGGCUGGCACCAUCGGCUGAGCAGGCUCUUCGCUGCCUAGCCGAAUGUGUAGCUCGGGGACAACCCUGCCUGGUGCGGGGUCCCAUAGGUGCAGGCAAGACAAGCCUGGUGCGCUCCCUGGCUUCCAAGCUUAACCAGCCCCUGGUGAGCGUGCAGCUGGGUGACCAGGAAGAUGUACACACCUUGGUAGGCAGCUACGUCUGCUCUGAUGUGGCUGGCCAGUUUGCUUGGAGGGAGGGGCCUCUGGCUCGAGCUAUGCGCCAGGGCAGCUGGCUGUUACUGGAGGACCUGGAAAGAGCAUCUCCUGAUGUGUCAAGCCUGUUGCUGGCAGUGCUUCAGUCAGGGACAGUGCCAGGUUUGCCACCCAGGUCAGCUGGCUUCCAGUUGGUGGCCACACAUCGGGAAUCAGUCCAUCCAGUCAUGUUGGCCACUGAAGCCCUGUGGUCCAAUGUUCACCUGAAGCAUCCCUCCCGUCAGGAACUGCUUGAGAUGAUUGUCCAUUACUGGCCUCAGCUGGAGCCAAUGGCAGGGCGUCUGCUUGAUCUUUUUUACUACCUUCGCGAACCUGGCUCACCUGUACGGCGCACCAUCUCCCAAAGGGAUCUGCUGAAGCUGUGUCAGCGCCUUGCGCUGCGUGGCUUCUCUCUGGAGGGGACGCACGCUGCUGAGCACACAUUCCAGGACACAAUGGACUGCCUCUGCCAGAGCAUCCGGGAUCAGGCCAAGAGGCAGGCUCUGGCUCAGCAGUGUGGAGCACUUCUUGGACUCACCAAGUCGCAGGCACUCUUUCUUUGCACAAUGAACAAACCAGAGGUCAAGGAGUCUGCAUCAUUAGUGACUGUGGGUCGUGUUGUGUUGCCCCGGCGAAGAGCUCAAACAAAAGACCCAUUGUCAACAGCUACAAAACGAAGCACCUUUGCUGGGACACGGCAUGCCUUGGUGUUGACUGAGCAGUUGGCAGCUGCAGUAGCCAAUAAGGAACCCGUGUUGCUUGUCGGUGAGACAGGCGUUGGAAAAACAGCGGCUGUUCAGCAUCUGGCUGAGCUCACAGGUCACACUUUAGUGGUGCUCAACAUGAGUCAGCAAAGCGACAGCAGUGACCUACUUGGUGGCUUCAAGCCUGUUGACAUCAAGCUUCUGUUGUCCCCAGUUCGGGAGGCAUUUGAGGAACUCUUUAAUGCCACAUUCUCACAGACUCAGAAUGCGAAGUUCCUCAGCCACAUCACUACUUGUUUUGCUGGGCGUCGGUGGCGUGACUUGUUUGAUCUGAUGUCUCACACCCAAAAGUCUGCUGUGUCAAAGCUUUCAAAGCCGGGCUGCAACAAGGGUCAGUUGGAACGCUGGCGUGCGCUUGGGGAGCAGUUGCGAAAAGCUGAGGCUCGAGCACGCCACGCUGAGAACAAGUUGACAUUUGCUUUUGUUGAGGGAGCCCUUGUAAGAGCUCUGAAGGAGGGUUCCUGGGUUCUGUUGGACGAAAUCAACUUGGCCGAAGGAGAAGCUCUGGAGAGCUUGGCUCCUGUGCUGGAUGGUAGCUCACUGGUGCUAUUCGAGCGAGGCGACCAAGAGCCCUUGAAGAGGCACCCCGAAUUUAGGUUGUUUGCAUGCAUGAACCCUGCCACAGAUGUUGGCAAAAAGGACCUGCCUGCAGGCAUUCGGAGCCGCUUCACGGAGGUGUACCUGGAGGAGCCCUUGGAGGAGGGUGAUCUGGAGCUGGUGGCAGCUGCCUAUCUGGGUAGCAGUGGGUCACCACCACUAAGUGCUUGUGUGUCUCUCUACCUGAAUUUGAGGAAAGCUGCUCAGGAGAGCCUGACUGACGGCACAGGCAGCCGCCCCCACUACAGCCUGCGGACACUGUGCCGUGCCCUGCGCCAUGCCGCCCCCGACCCCUGCAGUAGUUGGCCGCACUCACUCUACCAGGGCUUCUGUCUGAGCUUUCUGACAUCCCUGGACCGCAGCUCUCAUGCUGCAGUGGAGUGUAUGAUCCGCAAGACUCUGCUCAACUCCAAAGUGCCUCGGUCUCCACAAGCACCCUCUGGUGUGAAGGCAGUGCAGCUUGAGGGCUACUGGGUGCCCACUGGUCCACUGGAGCCCCACAAUCCCCCUGGCUAUGUGCUGACGUCCACCGUGCGAAACAACCUGCGUGACCUGGCGAGGGCAGCAUCCUGUGGUCGUCACCCUGUGCUCUUGCAGGGUGAGACGGCUGCAGGAAAAACCAGUCUUGUGCGCUGGCUUGCAGCUCGCACGGGACAUGUCUGCGUUCGUGUCAACAACCACGAACAUACUGAUCUUGAGGAGUAUCUUGGCAGCUAUGGCGCUGAAGCUGGCACAGGCCGGCUGAUCUACAGGGAUGGCAUACUUGUAGAGGCCAUGCGCCAGGGCCAUUGGAUCAUCCUGGAUGAGCUGAACCUUGCAUGCUCAGAAAUUCUUGAGGCUCUGAACAGGGUGCUGGAUGACAACAGAGAGUUGUUUGUGCCUGAAACACAAGAAGUAGUCCGGGCCCACCCACAUUUUAUGCUUUUUGCAACCCAGAAUCCACCUGGCCGCUAUGGUGGUCGGAAGGUGCUGUCACGUGCUUUCCGCAAUCGGUUUCUUGAGCUGCACUUUGAGGAGUUGCCAGCAGAGGAGCUGGAAGACAUCCUAGAGAAGAGCUGCUCUUUGCCGCGCUCACUCAGUGUCAAGAUGGUGUCUGUGAUGACAGAGCUUCAGCUGCGCCGUCGUGAAACGGGUGUCUUUGCCGGUCGCCAUGGUUACAUGACUCUCCGUGACCUCUUCCGUUGGGCUGAACGCUACCGCCGAACUCCUGACCCGGGUGGCUUUUAUGACUGGGACCAAUUCUUGGCUAAUGAAGGAUAUGCCCUGUUGGCUGGACGAGUUCGCCGCCCCCAAGAGGCACAGCUUGUGGCAGAGGUGCUGAGCAAAAAGCUAAAGCGGCAAGUGGAUCCGGAGAAGCUGUUCUCUAGGGUGCCAUGCACAGUUGCUCCUGAGGGAUUCAAGCAUCUUGUGUGGACAGCUGAUGCUCGACGCAUGGCAUACUUGCUGCAGAGGGCACUUCAGUUUGAUGAACCUGUCCUGUUGGUAGGAGACACAGGGUGUGGUAAGACGACAAUCUGUCAGUUGCUGGCCCUGCUAGGAGGACAGCAGCUUCGUACUGUAAGCUGUCACCUACACUCAGAGGCGGGCGACUUGCUGGGAAGCCUGCGACCAGGCAGGGAGCCAGAGGGCCCCCUUUUCCAGUGGGUGGACGGCCCCCUGGUAGAGGCAAUGCAUGGUGGUGAACCCUUUCUGAUUGAUGAGAUCUCCCUCGCUGAAGAUGCCGUGUUGGAGCGUCUGAACAGCCUGCUGGAGCCCGAGCGCACCCUGCUGCUACCAGACUGUGGGCGCGAGCUGGUGGCCAGCCCAGGGUUUCGUCUCUUGGCGACCAUGAAUCCAGGAGGCGACUUUGGCAAACGAGAGUUGUCACCAGCAUUGCGGAACCGCUUCACAGAAAUCUGGUGUCCUGGUAUGGCAUCAUCAGCCGACUUAGCAGCCAUUGCAGACCAUAACCUGGGCGCCACCAUACAUCUUGGUUCUUGUACUCUGGGGGCCGCUAUAGCAGCAUUUCUGGACUGGCUGCGCUCUGAUGACCUGGGGCGGCAUUGCGUAGCCACGGCACGUGACAUAUUGGCUUGGACAGAGCUCAUCAAGCGCACCAUGGGCUACCUAAGUCCAGCAGCAGCCUAUGUUCACGGAGCUAUGAUGACUUUUCUGGAUGGCCUGGGAACAGGCACUACAAGCAGUCAGGAAACCAGUGCAGUGGCUGCCUUGCGAAGGCGAGCUCUAGACAUGCUGGGCAGUCAGCUGAGGCAGCAACUGGCUGAAAUUCCAGAUGAUGCUCAGGAAGCUCUCCAAGAGAUUGACGUGACUGUGUCUCAAGAUUCCACCAGCUUACAUGUGGGCCCUUUUCAUCUUACUUCAGGACCUAUGGGACCAUGCCCUCUGGCACAUGCUCACUACAGCCUGCAGGCAUGCACACCACGUGCCAAUGCACUGCGACUUGUGCGAGCUCUCCAACUGGAGAAGCCCAUUCUGCUCGAGGGCCCACCUGGAGUGGGCAAGACCAGCCUGGUAAUCGCUCUAGCAAGAGCCACGGGUAACCAGCUUACCCGCAUCAACCUCUCUGAACAAACGGACAUUUCUGACUUAUUUGGGGCUGACCUCCCUGUGGAAAACCAAACAGCGGGGCACUUUGCCUGGAGGGACGGACCACUGCUGCGAGCCCUUCAAGAGGGUCACUGGAUCCUACUGGACGAAUUGAACCUGGCCUCUCAGAGUGUCCUUGAAGGACUAAACGCAUGCCUCGACCACCGGGGUGAAGUGUUUGUGCCCGAGUUGAACCGCAGCUUCAGAGUGGGUCGUUCACGGUUCUUUGGCUGCCAAAACCCAUAUCGCCAAGGUGGAGCAAGACGUGGCUUGCCUCGCUCAUUCCUCAAUCGCUUUGUUCAGCUGAGCCUGGAGCCCCUAAGCAGAGAUGAUCUGCAAAUCCUUGCGCGGUACUUGCACCCCAUGCUGCCUGAAGACACCGUGAACAACAUGGUUCUUUUCAGUGAGAAGUUGGUUGAUCAGGUGCAAAGCCAAAAGCUCUGGGCUGCCUCUGGAAGCCCAUGGGAGUUCAACCUGCGUGACCUCUCUCGGUGGGCUUGCCUCAUAGAACGAGGCCCGCCAGAGCCAGGCGCUCACGUAGGACUCGUCUAUGCUGCACGGAUGCGCACCCCUGAGGAUCGAAGCAGGGUGUUGGACAUUUACAAACAAGUGUUUGGCGAGGCAGCCCUAGUACGGCCACCCGAGAUGCACGUCACUCCUCACUGGCUGAGCAUUGGCGGCGCCAUUUUGCCCCGUAGAACUCCUGUGCAGGAUCCCUUGUUGAGAUGCAAAGCGCUUGAAGAUCUGCGGCUCCUCCACACUCAGGCGCCUGCCAUGGAGGUGAGUCAGCCUGAGAUUGCGCACUUUCGUCCAUUAAGUGUGAUUUGUUUCUAUGUAACUCAGGGCCUGGCGAAGUGCCUGGAAAAUGGCCUGGCGACAUUGCUUGUCGGUCCAUCUGGAAGCGGGAAGACGACACUGGUGCGAAGCCUGGCCAGGCUGGUCGGUCAUCCCCUGGCUGUCCUGGCAAUCGCCACAUCAACUGAUGCUCUUGAACUCCUCGGUAGCUUCGAGCAGGUGGACCUGGUAAAGAGGUUCAAACAAUUGCUCUCAUCUGUGGACAGUCAAUUGGACAAGCUCCUCAAACAGGCAUCUGAAAGGCUGAUGGAUUGUGACAUGGAGGAACUGCUGAAGCUGCGGCACCAGCUACAUCAGAUUAUGCCAACAGACAUGGCACAGCUCGAGGAUGUGCUGAAGGGCCUAAAGCGACUCCGUCAUGUACUUGGAAACAGCCUCGACUCCAGAGGCUGGAAAUCUGCAUUGAAGGAGCUUGAGCAACUUGAAAAGGCUACCAACCAGCCUGAGACUGUCAGUGGGUGCUUUGAGUGGCAAGACAGCGUUUUGGUGACGAGCCUGCAGCAAGGCCACUGGCUCAUGCUGAAAAAUGUCAACCUAUGCACGGCUUCUGUGCUUGACCGACUGAAUGGCCUGCUGGAACCUGGUGGCGUGCUUCCUCUGACAGAGCAGGGUGUUGUUGGUGAAGCUCUUCGUAUCAUCAGGCCACACCCAAACUUCAGGCUUAUUAUGACCAUGGAUCCAAAGAAUGGAGAGAUUUCAAGGGCAAUGAGGAACCGAGUUGUGGAGAUAUUCGUGCCUGGAGAGGGUGACAAUGGCUAUGUUGACCUGUGGGACAGCCACAGUCUUCUGGCUUCAGUGGGGCUAGCACUUCCUCAAGCCAGUGGGCCAUUUCUUGAAUCUCAUGCAGCACUGGCAAAGACAUCUUUGCACAGUAACAAAGUCUCUUUGGCAACCCUGCGGAAAGCAGCAGCGCUGUGUGUCCAGCGGCUGGAGACUGGCUUGCUUCCAAAAGAGGCUGUGCUAUCCAGUUUGGCACAGACGUACCAGGCCACUUGGGACACGGAAGAGGCUCAGCAGGUGGCCUGCAAGUCUCUCCUGAGCAUACCCUGGGACAGCCACGGGUUUCCUGCAGACCAGCAGCUGCUUCUCUCCCUGGUGGCAUCACAGCCCCUGUGGUGCCUCGAACAGCACAGCACUGUCACUGAAAUUUGGAGAGACAGUUUACCGUUGUGUGCAGUUCUGGCAUCUGCCUCCGACCCUCCUAGGGGAGCACUGCCAUCGCCGCUGCAGCUGCAGAUGGAACCUGAGAAAGUGGUGGACACAGCAUGCCUGCUACUGCUAGAGCGGGCCAGUCACGGUGACUGGUGCCAGCGUUUGCAGUGGUUGCGACAGCUGGGUGACGCCCUUGGGUCCCAGCAGCAACUCAGCAUAAUUGAGCAGCAUGUGGAGCCCAUGCUGCACUCUCUGGCUUCCCUUCAGGGACCAUCCGGCCUUCCCACAUCUCUCACCACAGAUGCACCACUACUCCAGGAGGAUCUGCCUUUGGACAUUUGCCACUUUCCUGAUCUAUUAUCAAGGCUAGCACUUCAGCCAGUUCAGUCCUCACAGGCUGAAGCCAUAGGCAUGAGAGUCCAGCUUGUCCUGCGACAUGGGUGCUUGGAGGCAAGGCUUCCCUGUCUUACGGAGAGUGAGCAACUAAAGGCCCUGCGUGUCAGCUCAUUGUUGGAACAAGUGCUUUCUUCUGUGAGGGCUUACCUGCUUCACUCAUCCUGCACAAGUAGCGAUUUCUACUGCAAGGCACGCCUGGUGCAGCAACACCUUGAGCAUUUUUGGCUAUCAAGCACAAACACAGAUGUUUCUGCUGGUACCCGCACCUCACGAGCUGCAAGGAUUGCGCAACACUGGAGCUGGCUCUGCAAGCAUCUGAUGCGCUUGCUCUCUUCUGGAGAGGGAUCUGUGAGUCUGCUUAGCGGGGACCAUACCGGAGAAACUACAGUCCACUGCUACCAGGAGUUAUUCUCCAUUGUUGCCAGCAUGAACGAUGCACUCGGAACUGAGCUUUCGCCAUUACACAAGGUCAGGAAACGCAUGAUGAAGUGCCUUGGCCAGCCCUGCACCAUGAGCAGUGAAGAGGGUGCCAGUGCACUGGAAAAGGCUUCUGGACUAUCUAGAUGUGCAUGGGAUGCAUUGUGUGGACGAGAGGCUAUAGGAAGGCUUCCUUUACCGCUUCACCAAGCUUUGCACAUUCUGGCCCCUUUGGAGACUUCCAUGUUAAAUCUUUUGCAAGGACACAUUGAACAAGGACAAGUUGCUCUAGCCAACUUGGAAUCUGCAUGUGCCCCAAAACAAGAGGAUGACUCUGAAGAAGAUACUGCAGCAGUGCAACCAGGCAGCGCAUUGACCCCUGUGUCUGCACUCAGAUGUCUGCUACAGUUAGUCGACGAGAGUGAAGUACUUGGAGCUUGCCUGAGUGGCCAUAACGCUGCCCUCCCGUCACUGGAAUUUCAACACCCAUUACAUGCCGUGGCUGUAAAAAUGGCUCUAAAGGAUCGUUCACAGGGUGAAAUGACAGCCUGGUGGGUGGAGCACCUGUGUGGCCUCUGGGAUGCACCACGAGUACUUGAGGUGGCACUGGCACACAGUUUGCCAGACACCAAUAGAGCGUGCCUACAAGGUCACGAAGUAUACUUGACACCCAUUGUGACAACUUCCUGUUGCCUGAUAACUGAGACAGCCAUGGCAUCCCAGCUUGCUGUGGGUGCUCGGAAGGACAAAUGCUCUGAGCUGCAGCUGCUCAGGACUCUGCUGAGCAAUUUGAGUGGCCCUAGGUCAUUGUGGCUUAAUCACUCUGAUGCCCUGGACAAGUGGUUCUCCAUGCUGGCCACUGCGCUGCCCAACUUCACAUCAACCAGUGAUGACAAGAACUGGAGGGAUGUUUUUGAACGUCCUGAGUGCUUAAAGUCACUUGUUGAGAGCACGGCCUUGCAGCUGCAAGAGUUAAAUGCGAAUGAUGGUUCCUGCAGCAGGGACUGGCUGUGGUCCUUCGGACUGACAUGGGCUCGAGUGGGCCUCUGUGCACUGCAAAUGUUCGUUCCAUGGGACCCAGUUGAUCCACUGUACAAGGUGGCACUAAAGCUGGCACAUGCGCAACAAGAGCUGUCAUACCUGGAAGCAGAGCAACAACUCAGGGACUGGACCAUCAUGGCCCAUUUGGGAAAGCAUGAGAAUCGGAUAAUACAUCCUGCACUGAAGAUGGAGCAGUGUCGCCAGCAGCAGCUUAAGGUGCAGAUGGAGCAGCUGACCUCCAGGAAGGCCUACAGGGCACCUAACUCACAGUAUGAAGAACUUGCCCAGCAAAUGCGCCACUGCGCCUCCACACUGGCAAGUGCUGCGCGGGUGGAGUCAGUGCUGGAGGGCCUCUGUACUGCCUGGCAGGAUGCGCGGGCUCCAGCUGCUGACAUCUGGCCAUGGCUGACAGCCCUUGAGGCACUCUGCUGCGAGCUUCGUCACGAGCACUCAUCCUUUCGUGACCUUUGCUACCCUUUCUUGACUGGAUUGGCACAGCUGGCGCAUGGCAUUCGAAUGCUUGCUGUGUUGGCAACGUCCAAGUGCAACGUUUCGAGUGAAGGCUUGCACCUGCUGGAGCAGUCAUUGGCCUUUCCAUCUGCCCUGCUCCCUCACCACUUGUCUGCGCUGCUCUCAAGUCCACAGUUGAUGACUCUUAUUACUAACAGGCGCCACCAGUUCCUCUUGCUUCGAUCUGCACUGCAGGAGCUUGUGUCUGGCCAGAAGCAGGACCAUAGUAGGGCAAUCGAUUGGCUGAAGGCAGCACGUCCUGUGCUUGGCCAGCUGAUGUCAUCCUGGCUGCUCAAUGAAGAAGAGGAGCGGGAGAAGAAGGAGCGGGAGCAUAGCCUCUUCCAGUAUCGUACUCAUGCUGGUGAGGAGAGCCAGGAAGUUUUGGAUGAGCAGCAGUGCCAGGCUCUCUUCCCUAGCUAUACACAGGAGUUUGAAGACAAUGAAGAUGGACCUGCACAGACCGAGAAAAUAUUGCCAGUGGCACAAGCAAUUGCCUUCAGUGGCAGUGAAGCACUGGAAGUGUGGCGAGCUUACUGCCUGCUUGCUGACCCCAACACAACAGAAAAGAAAGCUGACUGCCUGGGUGCUUUGAUGCUGCGCCACGAGGCACUGCGCAGCACUUUGCAGCAGCAUGGAGCUCACCUGGAUGCAAUGCUAGAUGUGGCCUUGCAAGGCUGCCAUCUGGUCUCUUGUUGGUCGUUGGAGUUGGGCCUAGACACAGCUCCCCUGGAGCAGGAAGUUCUGGUGGAAGGUAAACAAGUGAAAAAAGGUCACGAUUCAGGCCACCAACUUGACCUCUACCAUGAUGCUGAUCUGGAAGAGACAUCUCUGUGCGAGGGUCCCUUGCGCCGCUUGGUGACAAGGAUUCAGGACCUUCUGGUGGAGUUCCCUGGGCAUCCAGGUUUGACUAAGUUGAGACACGUGUGCAACCGUGUGCUGGGCCUGCCCGUGUCAUCACCAGUAAUGAAAGUGCUUCAAGGACUAGAAAUACUGCUUGCAUUGGGACAGGACUGGGAAAAAGGGGCCCACAGGAAAAUUUCUAUUGCCCCUGAGCUAAAUGCACUCACGCACUUGGUGGUGCGGUGGCGCAAAAUGGAGUUGCACAACUGGUCCCAAUGUCUGGAUGGAGUACUCAAGAAGCUCCAGGAGACAAGUGCUCGAUGGUGGUUCUUCCUGUACCAGCUUUUGGCACCUGUUGUGCAGGAAAAGUGCCAGCUGGAUGCAGAUACUUCACACCAGGUGAGGGACGAGUUGGUGCGUUUCCUGGACAGGAGCCGACUUGGGGAGUUUGAGUUUCGUCUGCAACUGCUGCGGCCCUUCAUGUUAGAGGCACAGCACUCGGGCUCUCUGCUGACAGGUCUGCUCUACAACCUGUGGCACUUCUACAGCCAGUACCUGCCAUGCACUCGUGCUCGCAUUAAAACAGACAGGGCGCCCAUCGAGAAGAAGCUCAAGGAAUUUGUAAAGAUUAUUCGCUGGAAGGACAUCAGCUUCUGGGCCAUCAAGCAAGCUGUAGAGAAGUCCCACAGGGUGCUGGUCUCGCACGUGCGAGAUUUUCAGCGAGUGCUUGACCAAGAUGCCAGCUGUGCAUUUGGCAGUUUGACUAAGGAGGCAGAGCCUGAAGAGCCAAGUUCCCUUUGCCUGAGCUUCAGACCUGGCCAGUUUCUGGGUUCCGUGCCAGAACGUGGGGUUGGGCAGCAUCGUUAUGCAUUCAGGAUGCGACAGCUUCUGAACCAUGUGAUGUGCAACAUGGAGCCGGUUGAGCUGACACAAGAACUGGAUGACCUGGCCGCUGAAGUAGCUGCCACUGUGCAAGCCUUUGAACAAGAGGAUGCUGUCUUGGCAAAGAUGGCCAGUGGCCAGUCUGAAGCAGAAUCUGAGCGCAAGAAGCGCAAGAAGCAGGUGCACCUGAUCCAGCAACGCAAACGCAAGGCCCUGGCUGAUCUGCUUAAAAUGUUGGCUAACAUGGGCCUGUCAUACCGCAAGGGCCAGCUUUUUGGUCCAACAGCUCAUAGCAUGCUUGAGGCACCAGCACUUGAGCUGCCAGCGGCAGUUAAACGGCGCUUGUCUUCAGCUGUGGAUGACAUCAUGAGCCAGAACUGGGCCGGGUGUCAUCGCUACUACUAUCGCUGCAUUGCAAGUGUUGCUGCCUUGGCUGGCAGUUGCCCUAGCAAGGAGUUUGACCCACAAGUGAUGGAAAGGUGCUGUGGAUUUGUGGGCCACUUGGCCACCCUUGCUGUGGAAGACCGCAGUCGUUCCUGUGAUGCAAUUCACAAACUGGAGAAGCUGCAGAAUCUAGCAGCUUCUCUUGAAGAAUCUUCAAAAGGAUCACUUCUACAACAGACCUUCCUUGACCGAUGGAAGGACAAGCUGGCCUUAGCAAUCUUCCAGAGCACCUGGCAGCUGGAACAGACAUUGGUACUGCUCAAAGCCUGGCCAAAGCCUGCUGAACCGGUUGAAGACCCAAUUGACGAAGCCGUAACCAAGCUUCAACCACAGCUAGCAUUGCUGCAAGAGUGUGGGCAGCGGCUGUCACAUCCUGCCUUCAGAGGUGUGCUUGGCCACCCCAGCAUAGAGUUGCUUGCAGACACGGUGAGUCACCUAGCGGCUCUUGGCUGGGAUGCUGAACAGGUUGGCCAGACUCUCCACCCAUCACUAGCCAGAAACUUGCACGUUCUUGCUGAGCCUUUAGGAGUGCUCUCCAGGGAGUGGCAACAAGUGGGACUCCCAGAACCUAAGCCACACAACAACUCUGCCAUGGACAAACUUGUUAAGACGCUACUUCUAGCAGUACAGGCUUUGCACACAAUGCUUGGUGAACCAGGAAAGUCCAAGCCGGAGCAGUCACUGCAGUACUUGAGAGAAAUCCUGCAUCAGGCAUUUGACAAGCUCAACUUGGAGAGGGUAGAGCGGUGUGCCAAUCGCCUGGUGCAAUGGCUUGCACAGCACGGCACCAGUGUGGAAGCCACUACCCAGGCAAGUUCCACAGUGGUCCCCCUGCUGCAGCAGUAUUUGGGAGUGGCCCAGUACCUGGUGACCCUGCAGCUUGCAUACCACCGAACCGAACUCAAGCUGCUGUAUGUGCUCACGUCCGUCUUCACUAGUCUGGUCCAGAAGGGCCUGUGCAUUCCUGAGGAAUGGCGUGAGGAGAUUGGCCGAGAAGGGGCACCAGAGUUCCAGGAGAUUGAGGAUGGCGGGCUGGGAGAGGGUGAAGGUGCCAAAGAUGUCAGCGACCGAAUUCAGUCGGAAGACCAGUUGGAAGGCCUGCGCAAUGAGCAGGAGAAAGAGGACACUGAGAAGCGGCCAAAGGAAGAAGAAAACGGGGUGGAAAUGUCUGAGGACUUUGACGCCGCCGCUCAGGACCCAGAAGAACAAGAGGAUGACAACGAAGGGAGUGAUGAUGAUAAAGAUGAUGAAGAGGAGCUUGAGGACCAGAUGGGGGACGUUCAAGCUGACCAGAAGCUUGACCAAGAGCUGUGGGACAAAGAGGAGGAAGAUGAGCCCGAGGAGGCAGGUGAUGAAAAGAAAGAAGAAGGUGCUACGGGUGAGGCCUGCAAGCAGCCACCUGAACUGGGUGCCAGGGACGAGUCUGCUGCACCACAGACUGAGCAGCCACCAGCCGCUGGUUUGGAGGAUGAUGGUCUCGGUGAAAACACUGAAGAACCACCACCAGACCCGAGCUCUGCACACCCAGAGGAAUCUGACCCAAUGGACAUUCCUGAAGACAUCGAGAUUCCUGAAAACAUGGACCUGGGUUCUGACGCAGAAGACGGCGCUAAUGAUGAUGAUGAAGUCCCUUUGUCAGGGUGUCCCAAUGAAGAGGAAGGCACUGCUUCAGACGCUGAGGAGGCUACUACCGAGGCAACCCAAGAGGAGGAGCCUGGUGACCCAGAAGAAGGAUCUUCUGAAGAGCAAGCCGCUCCUCCCCUUGACAUGAAGGAUGAUAGUGCAGCAGGUGACGCAUCAACUGACGCUGAAAAUGUUGGCAGUGGGGCAAGUGCUGGCAAAGCAGAGCAGGGAUCAUCACAUGAAGAUGCCAAGGAGCAGGAGGGCACUUUAGACAUUGGUGGGCAGACCAAAGGUCUUUCUGGGUCUGGCCCAAGCAACGAGAGCCAGGCUGAUGAUGAGUCAGUGCCUUUCAAAACAUCGGAGAUGCGCACCACUGCGGACCCAGAAGGUACGAAGCCCCACAAGCUGCAAACCACCGAGCAUCAGAGCACACAGCCGAAGGACAAGGAAAGGGCUGAGCUCUUCCAGCAUGUCACCAGUGAGGAGGUGCACGAUGAAGUCACACUUGAUACAGCUACACCAGAGCAAGCGCAGGCCGCAAUAGAGAAUGCAGAGGAGGAAAGAAUGCCAGACCAACUAACGGAACAAGACCAAGAAGAAGCUAUGGAGGAAGACCAAGAUCAUUCAGAAAAGCCUCCAGCCACACAUAGAAAAGCAGCCACUACAGAGAAGGCAGAAACAAAGGAGAAGCCAGGCACUGUUGUGGAGACUGCAUUUGUGGAACGUGGCCCUGAACCAAGCUUUCACACCAAUAUGAAUCUUGUGGCAGAAGUAGAAAUGGAUGAGGAAGUACGCCGGCUGGCCGAGUGGGAAGUGGCCACCAUCCAGCCAGGGUCAGAGACAUGGGCAGCCUGGGAGAAGGCAGAGCGUGAUGUUGCUCCACUGGUGCAGGAACUUUGCGAACAGCUCCGGCUUGUGCUAGAGCCAACCAAGGCAUCCCGGCUUCGAGGCGACUUCAGGUCUGGCAAGCGGCUCAGCAUGCGACGCGUAAUUGCAUACUUGGCAAGCCAGCUGCGCAAAGAUAAGAUUUGGCUGCGGAGGGUGCAGCCUUCACAGAGACAGUACCGUGUGAUGCUUGCCAUCGAUGACUCGCUCAGCAUGGGCCCUAGUGGGCCUCUUGCUCUGCAGUCAUUGGCACUCCUGGCCCAGGCACUAAGUUUUCUGGAGGCAGGGGAGCUGGGUGUGGUGAGCUUCGGUGAGCAAGUGCGAAUACUGCACUCGUUGGGCCAGCCAUGGACACGGCAGUCGGGUGCCACAGUGGCUGGGCUGUUGAACUUCCAGCAGACUCGUACACGUGUAGCUCCUCUUCUGAGGGCGGCAACAGAGCUCUUGCCCCCCGGCCCAGACACGGCUCGAUUACUGCUCAUCAUUUCGGAUGGCCGAGGCAUCUGCAGUGAAGGGGACGUAGCAAGUGCAGUGUGCAAGGCCCAUUCACAGGGACUUCUUAUGGUGUUUGUUGUGUUGGACAGCUUGGGUGGCAAGGACUCCAUCCUUGAAAUUCGGCAACCAGAGUUCGGGCCCUCAGGGCAAGUCAAGCUUCGCAGUUACAUGGAGCGUUUCCCGUUCCCCUUCUACCUGCUUCUCCGGGACCUUGCCUCAAUGCCAGCUGUCCUGGGUGAGGCACUGCGCCAGUGGCUUGAACUGGUCUUGCAAGCCUAGCAGGAUUAUGUGUGAAUAAAUUUGCUUUGUACCAUUCCA